GUUGUGUCUAAAAAAACAAACCCAACCUGUCGUUCUCAGCUCUGCCAACCUGUCAGUCCAGCCAUGCAAGGAGAGAGGGAGAGAGACACAGCAAGAGACAGGAGGGAGUGAAGCAGAGAUUCUUUGAAACCUCCGCAGGACAUCCAGAUUUCCAAUGAACAAGGAAAACAACUCCUGGGACCUUCUGUAAGCUGGGGCAGAGAUGAGGAAGAUGAACGACCAAAGUGGCUGCUACAGGCCCGUAAACAUCCAGGGAAACAAAGUCAGUUACCGCGGUGCCUGUCGGGACAGCCCCGAAAAGGAGGCGAAAAGGCUGCAGAAGAGAUUUCUCCACAAGGAUGGCAGCUGCAACGUCUACUUCAAGCACAUCUUCGGGGAGUGGGAGAGCUACGUGGUGGACAUCUUCACCACGCUGGUGGACAUCAAGUGGCGCCACAUGUUUGUGAUUUUCUCCCUGUCCUACGUGCUCUCGUGGCUGUUCUUCGGCCUGGUGUUCUGGCUGAUUGCCGUCCAGCACGGGGACCUGUUCAGCAACGAGGAGCUCACCCCCUGUGUGGCAAACGUGCACAGCUUCACGGGAGCCUUCCUGUUCUCCCUGGAGACCCAGACCACCAUCGGGUACGGCUACCGCUGCGUGACCGAGGAGUGCUCCCUCGCCAUCCUCAUGGUGAUCCUGCAGUCGGUGCUGAGCUGCAUCAUCGACACCUUCAUCAUCGGGGCGGCCUUGGCCAAGAUGGCCACGGCCCGCAAGAGGGCCCAGACCAUCCGUUUCAGCUACUACGCCGUGGUGGGGCUGAGGGACGACAAAUUCUGCCUGAUGUGGCGCAUCGGGGACUUCCGGCCCAACCACAUGGUGGAGGGCUCGGUGCGCGCGCAGCUGCUGCGCUACAGGGAGGACAAGGAGGGCAGGAUGGCCAUGGAGUACCGCGACCUGAAACUGCUCAACGACCAGAUCAUCCUGGUCACGCCGGUCACCGUGGUGCACGAGAUCGACAGCGACAGCCCCUUGUACGGCCUGGACCGCAAAGCUCUGGCCAAGGACAACUUUGAGAUCCUGGUGACGUUUGUCUACACGGGGGACUCCACGGGCACCUCCCACCAGUCGCGCAGCUCUUACGUCCCCAGGGAGAUCCUGUGGGGCCACAGGUUCAACGACGUGCUGCACGUCAAGAAGAAGUACUACAAGGUGGACUGCUUGCAGUUCGAGGAGACCACGGAGGUGUACGCCCCUCACUGCAGCGCCAUGCAGCUGGAGCAGAAGGAGCAGGAGUGGAACCGCGCCGAGAAGACGCGGGAGAAACGAGAGGAGAAGUCAGCCCUGGAAAUCAAGUACAACCAGAAGUCCCUCAGCGCUGUUGCGCUCGUCACCAGCUGUGAGGAGCCUGAAGAGCCGGUGACAGCUUCCAGCCAGCCUCCUGGAGAGGUUUCCUACAGGAAAGCAGCUGUGACCUUGAGCAGGCUCUCCAUAGAGUCCCAAAUCUGACUUCUCCUGCUGUUGGAACCCCUCCCAACAAACUGUCCCCUCGGAGCUCCUCGGAUGCAAACAAUGAACUCGUGUGCAGAGUUUGUGUCCCAGACCUCGCUGACAGCCUGCCCGCACUGUCACACGCUCUGUCACACACUGUCACACCCUGCUGGGCUGCCAGGGCAGCUGUGGGCACAAGGGAGCAGCUUCCACUUGGGAUGCCCAGAGAGCCUCUUGAGCAAACCCUCUGUGAACUUUCUUCUGCGUGGACCAGGGUUGGCCCUGCCCAGGGACACAGACUGACCUCAGCAGGGCACACAAACCAUGCCCUGGGCCCUCUGGGGAGGGGUUUCAGAGCUGCCUCGUUGGUUUGGAAGGCCCAUUCCCAGACCCUCCAGGAGGCUCUGAAGCUCCAUUAUCCCAACAAAUGAUUCCUCAGGUGCAGCCUCAUCCCAAAGCUCCCCUGCGGAAUCUACGGGGCUGUUCUUUGUAAGACAAGGGAAUAAGUGACCCCAGUGUUCCUGGGUGGCUUUGGGCCUCUGUUCAUACCCUGCCAGUCCUGUGGGAUCCACAGUGGGAUCCUGGAGAGCUUUCAUUCCCUAAUCAUGAGCCAGUCCCUGAGGUGCUGCUCCCUCAGCAGCUGGAGGGAUGCAGGAGGUCAGAAAAAAAAAAAAUCAAAACAAGACCUCCAGUUUUGAAUCAGCAAAAUCAGGUUGAGCCUUGAGGAGAAGAUCAUGUCUGGAGUGAGCUGUGCAAUAUUUUAUAUCAAAUCCUCUUUCAUUUCAUUUCAUUUCGCUUUUCUCCUUAGCGUGUUGCACUUCCCUGCAAAGACAAAGAUCAAUCUGGAGAACAAACAGAGUGAUUUUGUCAAAAUGAAAAAUGCUUGUCUCAGUUGGCUGUGUAAAAGUGAUCCUUCGUGGAGAAAUCCAACAACUCCUCUGUGGGCUCAAACUGGGAAAAAAAGGAGAAUGUUCUGAAGGUGUCUGUGACGUGGCAGUUCCUGCUCUGCACAUCUCUGUAAUUAUCUAGUGAGCAAUGCCUCAUCAUGCUUUUGCCCCUGAUGAUUGCAGUUCAUUUGCAUUGCGUUUAAUUACCCUGCAAACGUAAAAUAAUCAAAUUGGAGCUUGUGGGGUUGAUCUCACCUGCCCUUAGCAGCAGAGAAAUUCAGUGUUGGGCUGCUCUCUGAGGUUACUGGAGCUCUUCUGUCUCCACAGGGGACUUCACUCCACCUUCCUCAGGUGUUUGGGGAGCUGAGGGCAGCAGGAUGGGUUUUUCCUGGAAGUGUUCAUCCCUCUCCAUUUAUUGCUGAAGGAGAUGAAACGGCUGCUGUGGAAAUGCUGGCUAACUUUAGGCUGCUAAAAUUAGGUCUGACGAGUCACUCACAUCAUUCUGACUAAUUAAUUGGGUUUUUAUGAGCUCAUCACGUUUAAUGAAGAAAAAAUAGCCUGCUAAGUGUUUUGGUUGUUUUUUUUUCCCCUGCAAUUUACUCCAUGUAGUAGUAGGAUUGCUGGAUUAUUUGAAUGUAUUUCUCUUUUGCUAGCACUUGUCUCUGGAUAAACAUGAUCCCUUUAGGUAAAACUGAAGCCUGAGGGGUGUUAGCUAUUCCAAAACUCAUUAAUUAGCCUGUUUUAUGUGCUGAUUCAUCAGCAGCAACCACUUAUAAGUGCAGUAAAAACCAUCUUCUUGUUUCCUGGAUUUAAACACUGGCAGACAUGGGGGAAAUAGUCUAGAAAAAAACGGAAAGGAAUGUAGGAAAAUGUAGGAAAAUGUAGGAAAAUGUGGAAGGGUUUCAGUACUUUCUGUGGUGUUGGAAAAAACACCAUUGGGAUUGAAUAAAAUAGAAUAUCACCUUCCAGACAUGGGAAUUAACCCUUCCACUCCCCUCAGAUCCUGCCUGGGAUGCUCUUAUUCAAUGCUUUUAUUCAAUUCCCUUUUUGGGAAAGAUGAGGAGCAACUGGGAUGUGUGGAAAAGCUGCCAGUGAGGAAGGAGGGAAGUGGCUCGCCGUGCUCCAGUCCUAAAAAGGGUUGGGAGGCAAAGAGCUCUCAGACACAGAAAUUGCUUUUGGAAGGGGUGGAAGUCUGGGGCUGGGAGAGGAUGGGACAGGAAAAGAUGGGAUUAAACUGGGGGGAAAGGGAGGGAAAAUAAUUAGGAAACACUUACCGAGGGUGAGGGAGGCAGAGGGGAGGGUUUGGAACCUCUGUGGUGGCUCUGGGAAAGCUGGUGGAGGAGGAAGCAGAGUCAGGAGUGAGACAGGAGGGCCAGCCUGGAGCUUCCCAAGCCCUCUGCUCUGUGAUCCCGUGAUUCCCAGCCACGGGGGAUGUCCCACGUGGGCACUGCUGGCCCUGCAGGAGCUCACCCACAGAGUAAAGGCACUCAGAGAGCUGAGGUGGUGCUGAGAUAAGUGACCAGAAUUCCACACUCCUUCCCAAGGUGCCAAUUCCAGGGGCUGGGUGCCAAAGCAGCUCUCCCUGUGAGGAUGGGGAGCUCAGCUGCCUUCCCCUCCCCAGGUUCUCUUCCCUGUGAGCCUCUGGAAAAUCUUCUUCCUUUGGAAUGGCUUUGCUGGAAGUGGAAGCACCAGGAGUCUGAUUUAGGGAUUUGUCCUGAGUGUUUUGGCACAGGGAGAUACCAAUAAUAAAUACAAACACUGGAGUUUGGCUGGUAAGGUGUGCCUGGGUCAGGAAGAAACUUCUCUCCUGAGCAUGUAAUUCAUAAAAAAACACUUUAUAUUUUCUUCUACUUUUAUCUCCAGCCUCUGACCCCAGCCCAUGAUGGAGACAGGAUGCUGCUCUCAACCACCCUGGCCUUUUUCCCUGUUUGUUACUUUAAUUUCAUUUAUCCCACUACAAACACUAUGUAUAUUGAUGAUGAAUAGCAAUGCAUGCACUUCUUCUUUAUUUUUUUUUAAUGAACAAAGACAUCAAAAUAAAGAACAUUUCUCUGCCA